GUCGCUGGCCGUGCCCGUCGUGACGAAACGGCUCCUCCCUCCCAGUCCGAUCCAGUCCCAGACCCAUGUGCCGGCCGGGCCUCGCAAUAAUUCGCGCCGCGCCGCCGUUCCACGUCCACGGUUUCGGUUAUAUAUACGCACGUACGUUCCAUAUCCUCCUCCUCCUCCUCCUCCUCCUACAGCUAAUCACCGAGCUCGGCACCGACUCGCUCUUCGUCACCCAGAUAGCCGUCACACCUCUAGCUACCUAGCUCACAUGGGCCUUCUCGAGGUGCUCACGGCGAGGGACCGCCUGCUGCCGCGCUCCGCGUGCCGGUACCAGCGGCUGCGCGGCGGCGAGCUCGGCGGCUCGUCGCCGUCGACGGGAGCAAGCGUCAGGGCGAGGCGGCCGCUGCGGCUGCGGCUGCGGCGGAGGGCGUGCAAGGCGGGAGGGAGAUGGGGGGCCACCACCACGACUGCCAACGGCGGCGGCAAGCGGCUGCGGCUGCGCCUGGUUCGGCUGCUGCUCCUGCUUCCCGCGCGCCGGGUUGCCGCGCUGGUCGCGGAGGUCGUGCGGCGUCUGCUCGCGGCGGCGGUGGCCGCUGCGGACUGCCCCGCCAUCGUCUUCUCCUCCCAGUGGGGGCUCCCCGUGCUGUCGCCGCACUGCGGCAGCAGCAGCAGGAGCUCCAGGCCGCGGGGCUUCUACCUUGACAGGAGCCUCUCCGGCGCCGGCUCUGGCGUACUAUGAUUGUACCGAUCACUACUACAAUUCCCCCCACGCCGUGCCCAUGCAUGAUGCAUGUAUGGCUUUGGCUUCUGCUAGUACGCCAUUGCACAUGGCAUGCAUGCUACCUAUCUUGCAUUGCAAGACUGUACUGUACUGUACCCUCCAAGUACUCCUGCAAACGUUUUAAAACAACGCCGAACAUGCCGCGACCCGGCCUUGAAUGGAAAAGAAACAAGAGGCCGCGCUGUACAAUUUCUUUGAAACAGGAUCCAGGUCUGCGCAUUACGCUUCUGUUGGAGAUGAGGCUGAUCAAGCUCGGUCGGUGCCUGCCGACGACUCCAGCAAAAGCAGGGCUGGGUCAUGUCUAAGGUGUUCUUGGUCAGAAUGGUGUUCCUCUGCCACUCUUCAGAUCCUGCACUGCACUCCAUAUUCGCCUAGGCUAUUACACAAUGCCACAUCUACACGCUCAUUGGUUGGCCUUCGCUGCAAUUUUGACUUGUGUUCAUCCUUCAGGGGUUACGGAGUGUUGGCGGGAGGCUUGGGCGGAGGAGAGCACGAGGGACUAUUUCGUUCGUGGGGUCUUCGACGAGCUGACAGCCGGAGCGAUCGCCUCCAACUCGAAGGCGCAACGACAUCGUCUUUUUUUUUAAACUCGGGAAAGCUUGUUUGGCGGAGAAGACUGGCGACAAUUCCGAUCCAUCACGAAGUCGGUCUCCUGGUGGUAAUCUGCGGCCACGGAAAUAGGCAGCGGUCUGGCUUUUUGAGUCCGGAAGAAGCUAUUUUUGAGUACCACGGAAAUAGCAAAUAAGAUAUGUGAUAGGUGAAACUGCUCGAGAUAGCCUUAUGUAGUAUGCAUGUCUGAACCCUGAUCACUGUGAAGCAACAACAAUCACACAACAUGCGUGUGGCUGAACACAGCAUCAGGUCAUAACAUAUUUACAGACUUACAGUAGUACGUAACAAUUACACACAUUGUUAAGAUCUCCCUUCUACCGAUC